CAGACGUUUGUCCUCCUCCUAAGUUCGCUGGUGUUGGGUCGUGCUCCCCGCUCUCGGUCGGAUGUCGGACAUGGAGGAAAUGCUCUCAUUCAGGGAUGUGGCCAUUGAUUUCUCUGCAGAGGAGUGGGAAUGCCUGGACCUUGCUCAAUGGAAUCUGUACAGGGAUGUGAUGUUGGAAAAUUACAGCAACCUGGUGUUCCUGGGUCUUGCUUCCUGUAAGCCAUACCUGGUCACAUUUCUAGAGCAAAGACCAGGGCCUUCAGAUGUGAAAAGACAAGCAGCUGCGACCUUGCACCCAGGGGGAACGCCCUAUAAAUGUCAGGAAUUUGACAAGGCCUUUGAUUGGAACCCAGUGCUCAUUCAGCGCCAGAGAAUUCAUCCCGUGGAGAAGCCGUACAGGUGCGAGGAGUGUGGUAAGGUCUUCAGCGCUCACUCAGCACUUUCUGUGCACCGGAGAGUUCACACGGGAGAGAGACCCUAUCGAUGCGAGGAGUGCGCCAAGGCCUUCAGUACCCGCUCGGCACUUUAUAUCCACAAGAAGAUCCACUCCGGAGAAAAGCCCUACAAGUGCCAGGAGUGCGCCAAAGCCUUCUAUUUCCCUUCGCUGCUCAAGCAACACCAAAGGACUCAUUCCGCGGAGAAUCUGUGCAAGUGCGAGGAGUGCGGCAAAGCCUUCUAUUUACCUUCGUUCCUUAAACAGCACCAGAGAAUUCACUCCGCGGAAAACCCCUACAGGUGUGAAGAGUGUGGCAAGGCCUUUUCCUACCCCUCCACCCUCAAGCAGCAUCAACGCAUUCACUCGGGAGAGAAACCGUACCGCUGCAACGAGUGUGGCAAAGCCUUCCGGAGGUCCACCUAUUUUCACCAGCACCAGAGAAUUCACACCGGGGAGAAGCCCUACCAGUGUGAAGACUGCGGGAAGACCUUUUACUACCGCUCCAACCUGAAGGGACACCAAAUCAUCCACUCCGGGGUGAAGCCCUUCAAGUGUGAAGCCUGUGGCAGCACGUUCAGAACGAGCUCCGACCUUUCCAAGCACCAGAGGAUCCACGCCGAGGUGAAGCUCUACAGCUGUGAGGAGUGCGGGAAGGCCUUUUCCACCCACUCGUACCUCAUGCGGCACAGACUAGGCCAUUCGAGAGAAAAGCCGUACAAGUGCCAAGAGUGUGGGAAAACAUUUUGUUACCCUUCGAUCCUUAAGGAGCACCAGAGAAUCCACUCCGGAGUGAAGCCCUACAGCUGUGAAGUCUGUGGCAGCAUGUUCAGAACGCGCUCGGAACUUUCCAAGCACCAGAGGAUCCACGCCGAGGUGAAGCUCUACAGCUGUGAGGAGUGCGGGAAGGCCUUUUCCACCCACUCGUACCUCAUGCGGCACAGACUUGGUCACUCUGGAGAGAAACCCUACAAGUGUGAAGAGUGUGGGAAAUCCUAUAGCUACCCCUCGCUCCUUAAGGAACAUCAAAGGAUUCAUUCUCAGAACCCCUACAAGUGUGAAGUGUGCGGCAAGGUCUUCUGUACUCGCUCAGGACGUUCUAAGCACCAGAGAAUUCACACCGGCGAGAAGCCCCACAAGUGUGAACAGUGUGGCAAAGGCUUCUCCACUCAUUCAUACCUUACUCUGCACAAAUUACUCCAUACUGAAGAGAAACCUUACAAAUGGGAAGAAUGUGAAGAAGCCUUUUAUUGUGAUUCACUGCUUAUUCGACACCAGACAGUUGAUGCAGGGGAGAACCCCUACAAAUGUAAAGACUGUGGUAAAGCGUUUCGUGUUCGCUCAAGACUUUCUGUCCACCAGAAAAUUCACACUGGAGAAAAACCCUACAAAUGUGAAGAAUGUGGCAAGGCCUUUAAUACCCAUACAAAACUUUCUGUCCACCAGAGAAUUCACACUGGAGAAAAACCUUACAAGUGUGAAGAGUGUGGCAAGGCCUUUAGUUCUCACUCAACACGUUAUAGACACCGGAAAAAUCACACUGGAGAAAAACCCUACAAGUGUAAAGAAUGUGACAAAGUCUUUUCCUACCCUUCAUUGCUUAAAGUACACCAAAGAAUUCAUUCUGCAGAGAAACCCUACAAGUGUGAAGAAUGUGGGAAAUUAUUUUACUGUCCUUCGUUGCUUAAGAAACAUCAAGUAAUUCAUUCUGCAGAAAAGCCCUACAAGUGUACAGAAUGCGGCAAAGCCUUUCACUAUCCUUCGUUGCUUAAGCGGCAUCAGAGAAUUCACACGGGGAAGAAGCCCUAUAAGUGUACAGACUGUGACAAGGCAUUUUACUCGUGUGCAUUCCUGAAGCGGCAUCAGAGAAUUCACUCUGAAGAGAAUUCCUACAAGUGUGAACACUGUGGCCGACGGUUUUACUCUUUUGCGCACCUUCAGGAUCACCAACGGUUUCACUCUGGAGAGAAGCCAUACAAAUGCGAAGAGUGUGGGAAAACCUUUUCUACUCUCUCCUACCUUCCCUGGCACAGAUUGCGUCAUUCAGGGGAGAAGUCUUACAAAUGUGAGAUAUGCGGCAAAAUGUUUUACUCUACAUUAGACCUUAAAAAACACACAAAAAUUCAUAUUUAUAAGUGUGGGGAAUGUCAUUAUGCCUUUCCGAAUUACUCAGCCCUUACUGAACACCAGAGAGUUCAUACUGGAGAGAAACCACACAUAUGUGAACAAUGUGGAAAAGUCUUUUCUAGACUUGAUAGCCUCAAUCAGCACCAGAUUGUUCAUACUGGAGAGAAACCCUAUAAAUGUGGAAAGUGUGACAAGAGUUUUUUCCGAUCUUCCUCGCUCAAAAGACAUCAAGGGAUGCAUUCUUAAUAGAAAUUUGACAAGUAUGUGCAGUGGGAUAAAACCUCGCUAAAUAGUUAUACCUUAGCCAAGACAAAUGAAUCCGUCGAGUAGAGAAGUCAGGCACGUGUGAAGAAUGCUGAGUGUUUUACCACUCAGUCAGUACUUUCUACCAACAACAAAGUUCGUUCCGGAGAGAGAAAGCCCGAUUCUGAAGGGAGUGACAAGCCUUUAGUGUUUCUUUAUAUCUUAAGUAGCACAAGAAUUUCCAUCAAAGCUAUAGUGUGAGGGAUGUGGUGAAGGUUUGAGUUAUCUUUCAGUCUUGGUUCAACCCCAGUAAUUGUCACCUGAGAAAAACCCUCCUUGUGCAGAAGAGGACCAGGGCUUAGCUAUUCUCCAUGGCUAUAUACGUUUGGAGAUUUCAUUCUGAUGAGAAAGUCUACAAAAGCAAUAAGUGUGGCGAGUUCUCUACGUGUUCUUCACACUCUAAAUAUCUGCAGAUACUUCAUACUGCAGAGACACUCUACACGUACAAACACUGUCCCUAAGGCUUGAACAGUACUUCAACCUUCAGCAACACCUAAGCAUUGAUAUAAGUGAGAAUCCUUGCAAAUACAAAUGUCCUCCUUAGCUUCAGCUGUCAACUUCAUCUAGCCCAGCAUUAUCUGAGUGGGUGCUUUUCUGGAUCAGAGUGCCUUAUGGGCAUGUCUGGGGGUUAUUUUGUUGAUUGGUAAGUGUAACACCUGAUUCUGUGUUACCCCUUCAGUACAGUUCACGUGCCACUGUACCGUACGCGAGUCGGGCAAGGGCCUGGAGAUUGAAAGAACACACAAGAGACCCGGGUCAUUCGAAAGGAGAUCAUAUGCCGUUUAUUCAACCUUGGGGAAAUCCUUAUAUACCUAGCUGCUGCACAAGGAUUUCAGCCCAGGUAGGAAAUUACCAUACCAAAGAUGAAGUCAACAAUGCCCUACAGCUAAUCACCAGGCAGGGCAGGGGGAGCACAGGAACAAACAGAAUGCUUUAGCGGGGUGACCAGAAACUGUCGUCAAGAUGGACUCCAGGAACAAGGAUAGACCCAGGCCCUACGGGUAAGUAGUGUAGGAGAAUCUACCCAGGACACGCAGCACCACUCUGGGGAAGUGUUAUGGGUCACAUAAGAAUUGUGUGUGAGCAGGAGGCUAAGAAACAUUAGGAAGCAUGGUUUCUAUUUCCCUUCCUGUCCCUGGAAGAGGAGCACUAGACCCUUAGGUUGAAAUAAAAAUUUUGCUCCCCAAAGUUGUUUUUGGCCCUACCUUUCAUGACUCCAACAAGUUAAUGUAUGGCAGCAAAGGACACAAGGAGGCAUUUCACUCUUCAUACCUCUCUUCCCACAAUGCUCUGUGUCAGAUACCUUAAGAUGUAUUCUGCCCCUACUGGACAGCAGAGCUUUCACACUACAGAAGAGUCCUAUUGAUACAAAGAAUAUGACAAAGAACUUUAUGUUCCCCUUAUUCAACACCCAAAUUUCAUGCUGUAGAUGAACUUUGUAAGAACAAAGACAGUAGCUACUACAUGUUGAACAAUUGUUGCAAACUCAACAUGAGAAAUUUAAUUGUGAAUGGAACUAACAUAAUUGAUAUGAGAAGCAAUUUAUUCUACUCUUCAUACCUUAACAUCAAAAAAUAUAUUUUGUAUAGGAAACAGCACAAAUUAAAUAGUGACAAAGCCUUAAAUCCUUAGGGCCUAUGAGUGAAUUCAUAUUGUAGAGAAGCCUUCUACAUAAAAUGACACUAGGAGCCUCCAUUUUUAUUAUACAUACCUCAUAAUAGCAAAAGAACUACUCUAAUAUCAAUAGUGUAGCGAUAUCUGUUUUUAUAACUUAUACAUAGAAAUGGAUAUAAUUGUAAGCAGGGUUUUCUCUCCCAUAACCUCUCUAAAAUAGUCCUUCAGAAGCUUAUUCUAAUUAUAAAUGCUAGGCCUAUAGCUCAAAAUUAACUUUAAAUUUGUAUCAGUAAGCUAAAAUCCAUACCAAUAUGUAAGAUUAAUAGUUUUUUGGACUAAAGUAGUUUCAGUAAUCUAUCCUUUUUCCAAUCAUUUUUAUAUCCCCCUUCUUUUAG